AUGGACAGCCAGGGCAAGAGGCGUGAUGGGGACCUGAGGGUCAGAAGGGCAGAGACGCUCAAGACUCACCUGUCUGAUGUUGCUGGGGUGGAACUCAAGCCUGGUGACCUGAUUGAGAUUUUCCACAUUGGCUAUUGGCACUGGGCCCUGUAUGUAGGAGAUGGUUAUGUGAUCCAUCUGGCUCCUCCAAGUGAGUACCCUAGAGCUGGCUCCUCCAGCACCUUCUCUGCUCUGAGCAGCAGAGCGGUGGUGAAAAGGGAGCUCCUGAAGGAUGAGGUGGGGGCCUGCCACUCCUGGGUCAACAACCAUUCGGACAAGGAGUACAAACCACAGCCCGGGAACAAGAUCAUCAGCUCUGCGAAGAAGGAAUUUGGUGAGGAGAUGGAGUACAGUCUUCUGAGCGGAAACUGUGAGCACUUUGUCACCAGUCUGAAAUAUGGCGAGUCCCGCAACCUGCAGUGUGCCCUGGGUGUUGUCUCAGACGUGCUGGGCCCCGAUGUUCUUGAACUUCCUCACCUGGCCUCUGCCACCAGUGACCCUACUAAAUGGCCUCUCCAUCUGGCCAUUCUCUGUGGUGGUCACUACAACCACUAUCACUCUGACUUGAGAACUAGAGACGUCACCCUCCCUGGGCUGUACCUUCCCAAGCAUAAGAAAGCUGGUGGGUCCCUUGAUCCCCUCAGUGCAGUAAGGACCAGGCUGUAA